GCGCAUUCACCAUUCUUUUUCUCAAUUCAAAGGCAAGACACAUAGAGCAAGAGAGAUAUAAAGAGAGAGAUAGAGAUAGAUGAGAUGGAAUCUCAAAAACAAGAAAGAAGCGUGAAGGAGAUGAAAAUAGUCACUAAGAUCAUAGCAUUUGCAUCCAUUUUCUCAUUUAUACUAUCUUACUCUUCCUUAAUCUCUUCUCUUCAACAAAGACUCCAUUUGCUUGCCAUGUAUAGCAAUCUUGUGGACAAGAAGUACAUGUUCUUGUUAUGCAAUGGGAUUGUGGGCUUUAUCUUGGGGAGUUUCCAUGGGAAUUCUGACUCCCUUUCGCACGGUAAAGCCAUUAACAUCGUUGAACAAACCAAAGAAGUAGGGAUCAAAGACUUAAAAGAAACAAAAGUCAAUAAAGUAGUGGCAUUACUUGAAGAAAGUAAUGUUUCUAAAGAAGAAGAAGGAAGAGUUGUUUUAUCUAGAGAAGAAGAAGAAGAAGUUGCAUUGGUUGUUAAGGAAGAUGAGGGAAUACUAGUACAAGACCUCUCAAUCACUAGACUAGAUGAUCAUGAUGAUGACGAUGCGAUAAAUGAUAGUUUAUUAAGUUCAGAAGAUUUGAACAAGAAAUGUGAGGAUUUCAUCAGGAAGAUGAAGGCAGAGAUUCGAUACGGCAAGAGAAGUAUAUAACUUUUUUGAGUUUUGUUAACAAGUUAAACUGUCUUUAGUAUUCAUAUUCGGCAGGAGAAGUAUAUAAUUUUCUCUCUUUGGACAAGUAGAUUCUGUAUUUUUGGUGCCCACUUUUAUGUAUGUCAUCCAUAUGAAUCCAUGCAACAUAAUGCUUUCUAUAUCAAGCAUUAUCAGCUUACUAUGUUUUACUCUCUUAA